AUGUUUAUUUUAAAAAAUCAUUGUAAUAUUUAUUUUAAAAACAUAAUUUUAAAUAAAAGAUUUUUUUUUAAAAAUAAUUAUAACAAUGAUUUUAAACCUAAGUAUAUUAUAAUAGGUGCUGGAUCAGCUGGAUGUGUAUUGGCAAAUAGAUUAACAGAAAAUGAUAAUAAUGGAAAUGUUUUGUUAAUUGAAGCAGGACCUAAAGAUUAUUGGUGGAAUUGGAAAAUACAUAUGCCAGCAGCAUUAAUGUAUAAUUUAUGUAAUGAUAAAUAUAAUUGGUAUUAUAAUACUGUUCCGCAAAAAAAUCUUAACAAUAGACAAAUUUAUUGGCCAAGAGGAAAAUUAUGGGGUGGUAGUAGUUCAAUAAAUGCUAUGUGUUAUGUAAGAGGUCAUCCUCAAGAUUUUAAUCGUUGGGAUAAAGAAGGAGCAAAAGGAUGGGAUUAUUUAGGAUGUCUUCCAUAUUUUAAAAAAGCUCAAACACAUGAAUUAAGUAUAGGAUAUAAUGAUCCUUUUCGUGGUUAUAAUGGUCCAUUACAUGUUAAACAAGGAGAUUGUACCAAUGAAUUACAUAAAGCAUUUUUUAAUGCUGGAAAAGAAUUAGGAUGGAAAAUGUUAGAUGAUCAAAAUGGAAUUGAAACAGAAGGUUUAUCAAAAAUGGAUAUGACAAUAAAAAAUGGGGAAAGAUAUAGUGCCUCUAAAGCAUAUUUAUGGGAUUCAACUAAAAGAAAAAAUUUAAAAGUUUUAUCAAAUACAAUAGUGUUAAAAAUAAUUAUGGAUGGUAAAAAAGCAAUUGGUGUUAAAUGUAUAAAUAACAAGACAAAAGAACAAUUUAAUAUUUAUUGUGAUGAUUCUGUUAUUUUAUCUGGUGGUGCUAUUAAUACACCACAAUUAUUAUUAUUAAGUGGUAUAGGUGAUUUUGAACAUUUAAAAAAGAAAAAUAUUCCAUUAAUUCAUGAAUUACCAGGUGUUGGAUUAAAUUUACAAGAUCAUUUAGAAAUUUAUGUUCAAUAUAAGUGUAAAAAACCUAUAACAUUAUAUAAUAAAAGUAGUUGGAAAUUUCCACAUAAUAUGAUAAAAAGUGGUUUACAAUGGUUUAUAUCUAAAAAUGGUGUAUGUGCAAGUAGUCAUCUUGAAUCUGGUGGUUUUGUUAAAUCAUCUAAUGAUAUUGAACAUUCUGAUAUACAAUUUCAUUUUUUACCAUCAACAGUUCAUGAUGAUGGUCGAAAAAAUGGAACAUGUCAUGGAUUUCAAGUUCAUGUAGGCCCAAUGAGACCAAAAUCUGUGGGAAAAAUUCGAUUAGCAGAUAAUAAUCCACUUAAUCAUCCAAUUAUAGAUCCAAAUUAUAUGAGUCAUGAUGAUGAUUGGAAAGUAUUUAGAAAAUGCAUAGAAAUAUCAAGAGAAAUAUUUAAACAGAAAGCAUUUGAUGAGUAUAAAGAUAUUGAAUUGGCACCUGGUAAAGAUGUUAUUGGUUAUGAAAAAAUUGAUGAUUUUAUAAGAAAUAAAAGUGCAUCAGCUUAUCAUGCUUCAUGUUCAUGUAAAAUGGGUAAUGAAAAUGAUUAUUUAAAUGUUGUUAAUGCAGAAACAAUGAAUGUUAUUGGUUUAAAUGGUUUAAAAAUUGUUGAUGCCAGUGUUAUGCCAUCAAUUAUUAGUGCAAAUUUAAAUGCAACUACAAUUAUGAUAGCUGAAAAAGCUUCUGAUAUAAUUCUUGGAAAAGAACCAUUAAGAAGUGAUGAAAAUAUUUAUACAAUGAAUAAAAAUAAUUAA